UAAUAAAACGCACUCAAAUCGAAAGCAUUAUAUAUAUUUUUAGAAACGACAGAUUGUUAGUAAAUGUAGAUUAAGGAAUUUUUAAAAGAGACUGUAUAAAAAAUAGGUAAAACAAACCGACGGCGUCGCCGUUUGACCUUUGACGUCAUAGAUUCAAACCCACAUGGUCGCAUUUUCAGCAUGCGUCCGACGCACAGCGGCACCAUGACUAAAUUAAAAAAUAAGAAACGAAAUUUAGAAGAGAAUGAAGACGAACAGCUGCCCAUCUUUGAUAAGGACGGCGGUAAAGAUGCUCAUCUAGAUGAUGGUGAUGAAGAUCAGGGUGAUCUGUCGGACAGUGAAGAAAGCGUCUUCUCUGGGCUUGAAGAAUCAGGAAGUGAGAGUGAUGAUGAAGAGGAAGAUGAAGAGGAUGGUUCUGAAGGAAAGAGCUCUGACAUAGAGGAAGAUAAAACAGCCGACGGUGAUGGAGACGAUCAGCUGUCUGCCAAAGAAGUCAUCAAACCUCAGACUGAUGGCCAAAAUUCAAAGGAAAAGAAGAAAAAGAAGAAAGCUGCUGGAAAGGAGGGAGGAGAGGAAUGUAUUGCAUCCGUCAGAGACAGCGGCCUCCAGAUUUCCUCUCAGGUGGACGAGUAUGAGCACGACACAUCCGAUGAGGAGGUAAGAAUCUGUCCAUCAUCCAGACCAAUGUCCAGCCCGCAGACCAGGACAAGCUCGUCCCAUGUCAGAACAAUCAACAUCUCAUAA